GCUGCGGGGGGAAAGGGGCUCCCAAACUCUUCGCAAGAAAGUGCUCUUUGGUGCCGCUGCUGCUUGGGAUCUGGAAGGGGAUCCGUGGAGCAAGUGGGGGAAGAGCUGCGCAGAAGCAGCUGCAGCCGCCGGCCGGGCCGGAGCUGAUGGGGGUCUCGCCUGCGGGAGGGAGUCACGUCCAUCUUCGGGCUCCCACCGUCCUCCUUUGCCCACCUCCCAACCGAGGAGGAAAGAGCAGGCGGCUGAUCGGCUUGGGCUUCCUUCCGAGAAUGGGCGCAGCCUCGGACUCCCGGAAGGGGCCCGGGGUGCUGGUCCGACUCCUAGUGGCCUUUGGGCUUCUUCUCCUGGCCGGCCUGGCCAAGGGCAACGAGUAUGACUACGUCAGCUUCCAGUCGGACAUCAGCGCCUACCAGAGCGGGCGCUUCUACACCAAGCCCCCUCAGUGCGUGGCCAUCCCGGCUGACCUCCGCCUGUGCCAUAGCGUGGGCUACGACAAGAUGGUCUUGCCCAACCUCCUGGACCACGAGACCAUGGCGGAGGUGAAGCAGCAAGCCAGCAGCUGGGUGCCUUUGCUCAACAAGAACUGCCACAUUGGCACCCAGGUCUUCCUCUGCUCCCUCUUUGCCCCCGUCUGCCUGGACAGGCCCAUCUACCCCUGCCGCUGGCUCUGCGAGGCUGUCCGCGACUCCUGUGAGCCUGUCAUGCAGUUCUUUGGCUUCUACUGGCCCGAGAUGCUCAAGUGUGACCAGUUCCCGCAGGAUGAUGUGUGCAUUGCUAUGACCGCCCCAAAUGCCACGGAGGCGUCCAGACCACAAGGCACGGCAGUGUGCCCUCCUUGCGACAAUGAGAUGAAGUCAGACGCCAUCCUGGAGCACCUGUGUGCGAGUGAAUUUGCUUUAAAGAUGAAAAUAAAAGAGGUAAAAAAAGAAAAUGGAGACAAGAAGAUCACCCCCCAGAAGAAGAAGCCCUUGAAGUUGGGCACCAUCAAGAAGAAAGAUCUCAAGAAGCUGGUGCUCUAUUUGAAGAACGGGGCAGACUGCCCUUGCCACCAGCUGGACAACCUCAGUCACCAGUUUCUCAUCAUGGGGCGCAAAGUGAAGACCCAGUACCUUCUGACAGCCAUCCACAAGUGGGAUAAGAAAAACAAAGAGUUCAAAAAGUUCAUGAAGAAAAUGAAAAGUCCCGAGUGCCCCACAUUUCACUCCGUCUUCAAAUGAUCCGAUGGUGCCAGAAUUAGAACAUUUAUUCUCUUCUCCUCUUUCUUUUGUUUUGUUGCUGGCCCUGAACUUGCACAGACUUUCUUUUGGACUUGAUGGCUCCUUCUGCCCUGGUGGACACUGAACUUUGAUCCCUUGGUGUUUCUUUAUGUUUGUUCCUUUAGAGUAGGGGUGGGCAACCUCAGGCCCAGGUCCAAAUGCAGCCCUCCAAGCCUCUCUGCCUGUCAUCGGGGAGACAUCUCCUCAGCCAUGCACCCCUGCCCAGGCCAUCCUCCUGGGUGUGUUCAGCCUGGAAACGAGGAGACUGAGGGGAGAUAGGAGAGCCAUCUUCAAAUAACUCAAGGGCUGUCACAUGGAAGAGGGUAGGACUCAAACCAGUGGAUUCGAGUUACAAGAAAGGAGAUUCUGACUAAACAGGAAGGAAGAACUUUCUGACAGUAAGAGCUGUUCAGCAGUGGAACAGACUCCCAUGAGAGGGGGUGGACCAGGGCAGAUUUGGGUAAUCUUUCAGCCAGGCUAAAAUUUGGCACCCCCAAAUGAAUCUUCUCACUGAUGGAUCUUCUCAAUGUUGUGCCCCCUUGGCUCAGGGCACUGCCCUAAAUCUGGUGCAGAGGUUGGAUGGCCACCUGCCACACAUGACCUAGUUGAGCUUCCUGCAUUGCAGGGACUUGGAGUAGAGGACCCUCUUGGUUCCUCCCAACUUUAUAUAUAAUUCUAUGAUUCUAUAAGCCCCUGGCUGAGGUGAUUUUGAAAGGAAGCACUUUCAGCAGAGCUGUGCUGGAUGCUCUCCAGUUUUCAGGGAGAAAUCUUCAAGGUCACUGGGGUGUAGGUUUUCACUAAAAAAAGUAAGAUUUCUGAAUAACCUCAUUUUUCUGAUUCUGUCAUUUCUGCUGGCUGUUUCUUCAGUGACCACCUCUACAGGUAGGUGUUGUUAAUCAUCCAUAUGGAUGAUCCUACCCAGUAAGGAAUCCUGUGGUGAAUGGGAUAGUGUCUUAGCAGGAGGUGGCCAGUUAGAUUUUGCUGUGUGAUGACGUCACUGUAGGUAACUGAGGGCAGUAUAAUGGAAUGUAUAACUGAAUAGAAAUGCAUCUCUUUCUUUCUUUCUUUCUUUCUUUCUUUUUUAUUGGCAAGGCAAAAAGCAUCGACAAAAAACAGGUAUUUCAACUCAGCUUUACCGUAGUCUGUAAAAAAAAACCAAAAACUCAGCUUUAGUCUGAGUGUCUGCAUGCUGUCAUGCUUACUGGUUUUUAAAUAAUUUCAUUGGAUCAUAGAGUUGGAAGUGAACUUAGAAGCCCCCCCUAGUUCAGCCCCUCCCAGUGCAGCAUCCCUGAAAGGCCAUCCAGCCUCUGCUUAAGAACCCCCUCACCAAGGGGUCUCCACCCCCUUCCAAGUCUGUUCCACAGCUUGUAACAUCAGGAAGUCCUUCCUAACGAGGGUCUGGUUGUGUUUAAUUUUGGAAAGUAUGGAUUUGGUAGGUUUGUCUUUAAAUGGGAACUGAAUUGCAUCUCUCCCCUAAUCAUAGUUCAGUGUCCCCUGCCAGAGGACCCUCAUUAAUUCACAUUAGAUUGGUAAAAAUGUCUCCCCUUUGGCUCAUCAAUUCAAUUUUGAAAGAAGCAAAUUCAGAAGAGCUGCUUUCUUCUGACAAAAUUUCCACAUAGGUGGUUGUUGAAAGGUGGAGCUCAAUGCCCCACGUGGCUCCUCUUCUGUUUCCACAGCUCGGCUCGUAUUUCAGUCCACAGAUCAUCACAUGAACCAGCAGAAGGUUGUGUGCAGCCUGUACACUCUCAUGUGGACUAAAUGGAAGCACUUGGGUUCUGGUUGCCUCCUCAAGGCAGACGAAGGGAGGGGAGAACCAAGGUCAAAACAGUUCGAGAAGCCUGGGUUGCACUCCAACCAUUUGUCCUGUGUGUUGCCACGGUACAGGAUUAAGCAGAGAAAGAGUUAAUUGUUAAACUGGCAGAAUGGGGGUAGAGUAAGUUUAAUAAGUUCAGAAAUGACUGGUGUCUGUAUUUUGGGGGGGGCAUUCUUUAAAUCAGCCUUCCCCCCCAACCAUUUGUUUUACACUACAGCUCCCCUAAUUUCUGACCAUUGGAUUUGCCACCUGGGUUGGGGAGGCUCAGGGGAAAGAAGUGCAUUUUGCUGCAGAAACGGAUCCUUCUGGAGUGUUCAUAGAAUUGUAGGGUUGGAAGGGAUCAACCCCCUCCAGUGUGGGAAUCUUUUGUCCAACGUUGCCUAAUGUGGGGCUUGAACCCCGAAACCUGAGGUUAAGUCUCAUGUGCUAUCCAGGGGCGAAGGAAGGCUCUCCAGCACCCAGGGUGGGGUGUCAAGGGGCGGGGCAAACUGCCCGGCAGCCCAUGCGCGGCGCUGAUACACUCGAGCGUUGGAUGGACAGCGGUGGGAUCCUCUGCUCAUGGCGGUAGGAUCCUCCACAUGUGGUGGCAGCACGAUGGUGGUGGCUUGCGCUGCUGUGCCGGGGGGCAGUGUGGUGAGCCCCCCCGUGGGGUGCCUUCUAGUCACCCUCCUCAGAUUUGGCCCCCGGGGUGUACCGCCCUCCGCCCCCUUCCUCCGCCACUGGCGCUAUCCACUGAACUGUCCCAGGUGCCAUCCAGCAUUCACAGCCUCACAAUUAUGGAGGACACCACUCAGGAACAGCAUAUUACAUACCGAUAAUUUUUACAUUUACAAAUUGCCUAGGGAAAGCAAAAGAGAUGUCUAGCAUUAAAGUAUGGAAUAUGUAUUGCAACUUGAAAACCUUUUUAUCGUCCUUAUGAAUGAAGCUUUUUACUGCAUACUGACUUCAAUUUUGAUAGCAUCAGCAGAGGCUAGAUGAAAAUUGCUCUGGGGGCCGACCGUGGCCAAUCCCUGUUUUAGUUAUUUACUGAAAAGUGUAAUCUAACGAACUGUUGCUAAUUAAUGUGUCAGGUUAUUUUAACUGUGCUUGGACCUUGCUGGGUUCCUGUUUAUUUCCCAGGAGAGACAAGUUACAUGAUUAUUUUAACCCUGUUCCCUUUCCUUGGAUUUUGUUUUUGGUAGCUUUUUCUAGUUUUAAAGUAUGCUAUUUUCCUGUUUCCUAAACCCCACCCCCCUUAAAUUCAGCUAUUUUGUUGUUAAAUGUGAGAUACAUCGAGGAUACAUUUAAGAAUGGAGUUUGUUUGUGCUUUUUUCUUCAUUGUUCUAUUAAUAUUGAUUUUCAUAAAAAUAACAGAACCCCAGAAGCAGAAAAAUACAUCCAAUGCCAUAUGGCAAUCUUUUUAGGCUACUUGUAAACGUCUGUAUUACUCUGAAAAACAGGGGUGGGGGCACCCCUGGCCAUUGGCAGGCUGUCUGGAGCUGGUGGGAGUUGGAGUCCAGUAACCUUGGGGGAGCUGCAGGUCCCCCCCUCCUGCAGUAAAGGCUCUAUGGAGAGAGGCAGUCUCAACAUUUGCCCAAGCCCAGCAGCCCCGUGAUUCUCUGUGCAAGGUCUCCAACACAAAACACAAACUUCUUUUUCCAAUACCAUUUAAAAUCGGGUCAGGUAUCGAUUCCUUGUGGAUGCUGGGAAGGAAGACACGCCCAUCAUUCAAAGCCGAGAAAGCAGGUGGCCCGGGUGGGGCCUCUGCACUCAGGGCAGCAAAAUUCUGCACAACCCUGGCUCCCAGCAGGUACCUUGACUCACCACCAGUCCCAAACCGGAGCUGGCAUAAUAUCCCAGAUUUCCCCAACCUGGUGCCCUCCAGGUGUCCUUGAACUCUAACUCCCAUCAGCCCCAGCUAGCAUGGCCAGUAGUCAGGGAUGAUAGGAGUUGUAGUCCAAUAGCAUGUGGGGGAGGGGCACCAGGUUGGAAACAGGCACAAUAUCCUUUGUUAUAAGAGGCAAUAUGAGACAUUUACAAAUUGGCUAAAUAUAUGCAAAUAUUUCCAGUUUUCAUAUUGGAGUCACAUUUAAAAGUUUUGCAUUUUUAUUGUGGCUUUAUGAAGAAAAAAGGAAAUGGCAUUUAAGAUCCCCCAACAUAAAACCGGUAAGCCAGAAAUGAGAGGAGCUUUUGGCCAGUGGCAAUUCUGGGAAAUUGGGGGGGGGGGGCAAGAAUAUGAAGAGCAGGAAUACUAUAAAUGCAUUUCCUCUCGGGGAGUAGAGAGGUAAGACAUGCUCGAGGCAAAUUUGCCUGAUCUCUUCCUAUUUCCUUCCCAAUCACAGAAUCGAGGUUUUUCAGUUCCAUUUUGUGGGACUAUUGAGCAGACGAAUCAGAUUUGUUGCAUGUAGUCAGGCCCAACUCCAAUGCUCAUUUUUGCUGUGGUCUUGCCCAUUUCCGAUGGGGCUUGAGCAGGAGACUCCUUCAUGUGGAUUGUGCUCCAUACUGAUAAGGGGGUUGAAUACAACUUUUGGAUUUUCUGCCAAUGGAUGCAGUCCUAUGCACACCUUUUGGGUGUAAGCCCUGCUCAACUCAGUGGGACUUACUUUGGAGUAAACAUGCAUGGGAUCAGGCUGUCCUGCCCUCUGAGUUCUUGGGGUGACCUUCGUUUGUUGGAAUACUGAAGCAACCUGGUGGUUUCCACACACACAACAUUUUCCUGUGCUAUCUUUUUAAGUGGCAAGUUUCUUUUUCUGCCCCAGCUCCUCAGCGAAGGGGAACGAUGGAUCUUGUCCAAGGCAGAAGUGCAGAGCGAUGUAUGUGGUGAUGAGCUAGCUUUGCUUCUGAAGGGAAGCACCUGUUUGAGUGGGGAAAACAAACCACCUGCAUUUGGUUAAAACGCUGCCUCCCUCAGUCCUGCCAUGUAGUGGCUCUGGGUCUCUUAAGUAGAGGUCAUUGGAUCAGCAAAGUAAUCAAUAAAUGUGCAGGGAUGUUCUGGAAGCUCCAGCACAUUCUCUUGGGAGCCAUCCCUAGGCCUCCCCCGCCCCCGCCCAUAUCCGCACCAUCAGCAACGCAUUGGGGCCAGUGAUGAUCUGUGUGCAGGUCAUUGCACAAGGGAAGGACUUCUCCUGGUGCGCCACUGUCAUUCAGUGUUGAUGAUGCGGAGAAAGAUGGGCCCAUGGUCUGACAAGGUAGAUGGCAGCUCCCCCUAGUCCUAGGUCAGUGGUCGAAGGUCCUAAAUCUCAUCCCCAUCAUCUCCAGCUAAGAGGACUAGGAAUGUCCCUUGCAUGCUUCCUUGGAGGUCUGCUGUUGGGUGGGACCAAUGGAGUUGAGAGAGGAUGAGGAUGAGGCCACCUCAGGUGUUUGCAAACAUGCAGCCUGACCCUGUGCAGAAGAGAGUUCAUUGGGUCUCAGUGCCAAGGAAGCAGGCACAGGCUUGCAACUUUAGGGCCCAGGCCAAUUUCUGAGGAUCUGGCUUUGAAGGGACUCCAGCACAUUAGUGGCCGGAGCUGGUGCCCAAAACUGGACACACUGUUUGAUGGUGCCACUUCAGUUCUAUGUGCAGUGAGUGAGGCUCAUACUUCUUCUGUUUCCCUCUCAAGUGCUUCCCCUGCAUCUAUUCACAUUCAUUUAACUCAAGUUGCUGUGCUUAAUUAACCUCUUCUGCUGAGUGUUUUUAUGAAGAAAUGUUGUUUUCUAACCCUAGUUUGUUGUGUUUCAAGCAACCUGAGUGACCACCUGUAAAUAAAUCCAUAUUUAGGUUUUGUAUCUGUAUCUAAGUUCCCCCCUUCCUUUAACUUAAGGGCCAUUUCUGGGGCUUGAGACAGAUCAUAGUCACCCCCCACCCCAAUUUGAAAAUAGCUUUCAAGAGGGAUGACUGCUCUUAGCACAUUUCUAUCUCUGGUUAAAAGUGCUGUAGGGGUUUUCUUUGCAUGGUUUGAUAAUGGUGCAAAACCUGUUUGGUCAGGAGUGACAGCAGGACAAAAAAUAAUAAUUGUCUGUGUCCAUACUUCUGACUCUGUUAAAAAUGCUGCAUUAUCUUAUUCAUGCCUCUGUGAGUCACCAUGGAAAGGAGAAUGGAAACCUUUGGAGAAAAGUGUCCCAUCUCUCUCUGGUCCAGAGGCGCCAGUUUCCGAAGGAGAAUUGUGGGAGAUGUUGCCUGUGCAAUAUCACGACACGGAAAGAGCCGUGGGUGGAGCUGAAUGUGGUGGCCGUGGAAUUUCAGUGGCCGUGGCUCCUCCUGCUGCUGCUCUUGCCACCACCACUGAUCAGGGACUGCUUCCUCGCUCUUUCCCGGCCACUGUAGCUACACUGCGCUCGGCUCUGCGCCCAGGCUCCUUGGCUGCUUUUGAACAUGGGGGUGUGUGUGCUGCCCCCCAAUCUCUUCUAGCACAUCCACCCAGCUUCUGAUUGAAAGGUUCAUUAUAUGUCCAGGUCACCGUCCACCAUCACAUAUCUCUUGUGAAUGCUGUGUCACUGAAUCUAAUGCAGCCCCAUCAACAGGGCUGGGAACAAAUGCCUUGGCCUUGACCGGAAUGACAUAUUAACACCAGACUAAACAUUUGCAUGGGUCUCCCUCCCAAAAUUAACACAACACAGCAGUGCAAAGUUUCAUGAAUUUGUGGCAUUUCUCAAAUUAUGAGAGGGCCGUCAUGACUUGGCAGGAUUCUGCCCUGCUCCAUCUCCCCUGGCCUCAAGCCUUGGAAAGUUUAUGUUAGUGCCCCCCCCCCAAUCCCACCACCAUUUCCUUUGCCUGCCUCCUCACUCAUUCUCCUCAAUGUUUAUUUAAUAAUCCUGAAAGAGCUUCCUGGGUUUAAAUGUUUGCUAAACACCCUGUCAGCUCGACUUCGCUUGAGACAGCCCGGGCUGUGGGGAGACAGUUCAACAUGCCCCCAACAUGCACCCCCCAAUGUGGGUCCAGGAGCCCCACAGCCUGGGACUAUGUGAGCUCCUCAAAUAGAAGGAAUGGUCAAUGGAGGGAUUUGGCCUGGCCUCAUCUGUCUCUAGUCAAGCAGCAAGGGUCAUCUGCUGGCUUUCACGGUGCAAGGGUCUCUGUGCAGGGUAGUUUACAACAGAGUAACACAAAAAGCAACACAGCGUGGAUAUGUAACAUAGUUCCCAUGAAGUGAUGAUGAUGAUGAUGAUGAUGAUGAUGAUAGUUGAAGCACUACAAUUUGUUAUAAUCAGCAGUGCCCAAUUAUUCAUGAAUUGUUCAGUCACUGAUGAUCUCACCCAAAAGCUGGCUAGAAGGUGACGCCUUCACCAGUUUCCUAAAAGAAAAACCAUGGUAUAGCUCGAUGCACCUGAAGAAAGGAGAGUGCUCCACAGAUGUGAAGCCACCACUGAAAAGACCCUUCUAUGGAGCUGGGCGCUGCAUGAGUCAUUCUGUGCAAGGACCACCAGCCGGGCCUCCUUCUCUGACCUCAUUGCUGUGCAAGAAGGCAUUCUCUUAGAUUGAUGUUAUAGGCUUGGAAGGGGCACCACUAAACCCUAUAAAUUAAUAAAUGGUAGGAUUCUGAUUAUUUGGGAUCAAAGGGCGAAAUACCAUCUGCAGAGGAAUUCCUAAGCCUAUGCAAGACAACUUGGCCAAGCGGGCUGAAGGCUGCCUGGGAGAGAUGCCUUGGACUCCAGGCCUGCACUGCUGUGGGGAACAGGCCCCUCUUGAGAUGACCAUGCUGUAAGAUCUGGAUUCCCUCCAUCUAAAUUCAGGAGUAAAUAGGUGAAUACAUCACAUUUCUUAAAACUACUGCAGCCUCGGCCAUGUCUUCAAUUCUGCAAAGGAGGCCAGAACCCCUGGAAUCCUGUGAAUGGCUCGGCAGGGAUUCAGGUGGCUGGUAACAUCAUUUAUGGGAUUGCUUGGCAUUCUUUGGCAUGGUGAUAAUUUAGGACCGUCUCUAGAGGGCAGUAAUAUUGGUCAUUUGUUGUUGCGCCCAAGGUUGGCAAAGGACAUUUCACUCACUCGUCUUUCUUUAUUCAAAUCUAUGGUGCGACCAUCCUUGGAAUUCCGUGGACAGUUCUGGUCACCUCACUUCGAAAAGGACAUUGUAGAGUCAGAAAAGGUUCAGAAGAGGGCAACUGCAAUGAUCCAGGGGGUGGAGUGACUUUUCUGUGAGGAAAUGUUGCAGCCUUGGGGCUUCUUAGUGGAGAGAAAAGGCAAGGAAGAGCUGUCAUGAUAGUAGAUGUUUAUAAAAUAAUGUCUGGCCCAAAGAAAGUGGACAGAGAAGAGUUUUCAUCCCUCUCUCAUGACUUUAGAACUUGUGGAAAUCCAAUGAAGCCAAAUGCAAGGGAGAUUUUAACAAGUCCCUUUUCACUCUGCACAGAGUUAACUUAUGGAACUUACCUCUGCCAGGAUCAACUGAAUUUGAUUGUGCAAAGAUCUGAAAGAUAUAGUUGUGUCUGGCCUCAGCAGGGAUCGGCUCUUGGUGAUCAGAUGCUGAGAUAAGGGUGUUGGCCAAAGAGUUAAGACAAGACUGAAGCCACAGAAAGCAGAUCAGGGCCGAAGGGACAUACAACGCGGAAGAGAAAGGGAUUUCUUACCUUGGAAGCAGAGGAAAGCCCUCAUGGCUAGUGAGCACCCAUAGCCCUAGGUUCCAUGAAUUUGUCCAAAUCUCUUUUAAAGCCAUCCACGUUGGUGGCCAUCAUUGCCUCCUGGGGGAGGGAGUUCCAUAGUUUAACUAAAUGCUGCAGGAGGGAGGACUUUCUCUUAUCUCUCCUACAUCUUCCAGCAUUCAGCUUCAUUGGAUGUCCAUGAAUUCCAGUGUUAUGAAAGAGGGAGAAACACUUCUCUCUGUACACACACACACACACACACACACACACACACACACACCUCUUAUUUGCUUUUUUCUAAACUAAAAAACUUUUGGAAGCCUCCCUCGAGAACCAAGAAUGCAGUCUCACCUGUCUGUCCAUGGGAGCAGAAUGCAACUGGCCAUUGGGUCAGACUCUUUGCCUGGAGCCCCAGAUGCCUAAAAUUUGUGAAUAGCAGAAGAGCAUCCAUCUCCAGAAUCUAUCUGCCAGGCUGCAAACUGAAAAGAGGGCAGCUUCUCUCCCCCCCCCUCUCUCUCCCUCGGAUGGAGAAAAUGCCCUGGACCUUGGCGGCCCCCAAGCCUUCUGGGUUCAAUUUGCCUUGUCACUAACACAGACAAUUUCUGUCACAAUAAACUGCACAGAAUGGUUAAUCUCCCUGGGUAACUGUGAGGAGAUUAGGUUCUGCUCCUGCUUUUUUGCUGGGUGACUGCCCCUGAAUGGUACAAGUGCUCCCUGCUUCCUGCUUGCUGGAAGGCUCUUCAGCCGCCUUUGUCCCAAGGGAAGCCGGGGGGCUUUUGAGAGCCUUGCUGAAAGGCAGGAGGGCCCUGGGGGAGACAAAACAAGAGGCCUGCAAGCUCCCUGGUGCUGGGGGUUGCCCAACUCCCGCACGCAGCACGUUGGGAGGUAGCCUUCUGUUUGGAACAUGCUAAUAUAGACAUCUGAAAGCCAACAUUGCUUAGACAUUGUGUAGGGCAAGAAAGCUAAUGCUAAAAAGAUGUCAGCUUGAUAACCUAACCUUUGCUGAGCAUUACUUCAGCCCCAGAAGACCUGCCGCAGGCCUGGGAAGGCUUCAUUUUUUAAAAAGCAGAAUUUCCCACUGCAGAAAUUCCCUAUCAGACACUAAAAAGAAAAAGGCUGAACAAAGCAUGUUUCCCUCCUUCCUUACUCCCUGCAUCAGUGGAAGUUUUCCAUAGGAGUCAGUAGUUUCUUCUACAAUACAGAGACAAUUCAUUGGUGGGAAGGGAUUCCUUUUGACGAAAGUAACCUUCCCUUGGUAUGGGACUCAGAGUGGGUGGGUGGUUGUUGUUGUUGUUUUAAAAAGAGACACAAACCUUCCAAGUAUACAAACCCCAAGUAACAAAACUUUGUUUUUCUCUGAGCUGUUUUGUUUUUCUUGCAAUGUCCUGCUUCUUCAGGAAUGUAAUCUCUCAGUUCUGCUCUGCAAAAGAUAAAAUUGAAAAUCUGUCCUUUGCUUUUCAUGUAAAUUGAUGAUUGGAGAUAACAGCGAGGGCCUUUGUGCUUUGAUUUAGCAUUUCAGCAAUGAGAUACAUCUGCUUGCACUUACAGGCACAGCAUAGUCUGCAUGUGAUUAUGAGUUUAUGGCCAAGCUAAAGUAUCAGCAGAUUUUAUAGACUGGUAGGAAGCCUUUAUCAAUUCACAACUCCUUAAGUCU